AUGGAGUCGGGUCGGCGCGCCCCGGGGCGCAGGGAAGCGGCAAGGGGGCUGCUGCUCGGCUAGGCUGCGGCCGCCAAGGGGUUGCGGGAGGACCUGAGGGGCGCGGCGGCCCGGCCCUGGAGAGGCCUGGCGCGGAUCCCAAAGCAAGAGCGUCCGCGGCGCGAGGAGGCGGCGGCCGAGCACGAGUUCCUGCUGCCAAAUGAGAGAAGCUUCCAGAAUGCUGCUAAAAGCAAUAAUUUGGAGCUUAUGGAGAAGCUGUUUGAAAAGAAGGUUAACAUGAAUGCUGUGAACAAUAUGAACCGCACAGCCCUGCCUUUUGCAGUGGGGACAGGUCAUUUGUCUGCGGUGGAUUUCUUGCUGAAUCACAAGGCCAGGGGGGUGUUGCUGGUGAGGAAGCAUGGCUUGACAGUAAUUCACCUUGCAUCCUGGUCUGGAAGCCUUGAGAUCAUGCUCAUGCUGGUUAGAGCUGGAGCAGACCAGAGAGCCAAGAAUCAGGAUGGAAUGAAUGCCCUCCACUUUGGGGCUCAGAGCAACAUAGGCAUUGUGGAGUACCUCAUUCAAGAUCUGCACCUGACGGACUUGGACCAGCCUGAUGAGAAAGGAAGAAAACCAUUUCUUUUGGCAGCAGAGCGGGGCCACAUUGAAAUGAUAGAAAAACUUAUCUUCCUUAAUCUGCAUACUUCAGAAAAGGACAAGGUGAAAUGGACUUUUAUUUCUUUGCUGACCACUGACACCCAUUCUGAUUUAAUGCAAAUCACAAGCCAUGACAGCUAUAUCAUGUCUGCUGCCCGGUUGACUGAGAUUGUGAGGUGCAUCCCGAUCGCAGAAACCAUGCUAGAUUCUAAUGGGAUUCCCUCCGUGCCUUCUCUCUCCACCUGUCUCCUGCAGCUCGAUAUCAGUGCUUUGCAGAUAGCAACCCGGAACAGCCACGCAUCCUUUGUCAGCUUUCUUUUCAGUGAGAACGUUGAUCUGCACCAGAAGGUGGAACCUAAGGAGUCCCCUCUUCAUUUAGCUGUUAUCAACAACAAUAUCACAGUGGUAAACAGCUUAUUAAGUGCACAGCAUGAUAUUGACAUCUUAAAUCAGAGGUCACAAGCUCCUUCGCAUGUAGCUGCUGAUCUUGGAAGUGUGGAACUGGUGGAAACCCUGCGGAAGGCGGGCAGCGACCUAAGGUUGUUGACAAAGUGACAAGGGAAGACUGCCCUGGCCGUGGCCGCCAGGAGCAACUGCAGCGUCAUCGUGGGCACACUCAUUGAAGCCGAGAGGUGCUACGCCUGGAGAGAGGAGCAUGGUGAGAACAUCAAGGACCCAUCAACGUUCAAGCAAGAUCACAGUCAGGAGACCAGGCACAUUCUCAGUCUCCUCUGGCAUCUGGCUUACCGUCAGCUGAAGACCAACGAGUGGCAGAGGCUAGCCCAUUUGUGGAACUUUACAGAUGCCCGGAUCAGAGCCAUCGAGGAGCAGUGGUCAGUCUGUGCAGCGGAUUUCCUCCCCAGAGCUCAGGCCCUCCUCACCUCGGCAUCUGGCAGAGCUAGGAACCUGGCACGGGUUUGUAACUGUGACCUCCAGCCGCGAGGGACCACGGUUCCCAUCUCCGUAUCCCAGCACUUCCCUGAACACCUCUCAGGGGUUAGGCGUCUAGUGAGAUCUGCCCAGUGAAGAGCCCUGGCCUGGCCGGGGGUUGCAGACUUCUACCAGAGGAGUUUCCUGGAAGCUGGACUGGCAGGUGGGUGCGUGCUGGCUGCUUAGGGUGUGGUUCACGGGCGGCAGCAGCAGCAGGACCUGGGAGCUUACUCACCUGCAGAUCCUCACCCCAGACUGACUGAACCAGCAUCUUCACUCUAACAAGACCCUCAGGUGAAUUGCGCAUCUUAAGUUUGAGAAGUGCUAGCCUCUAACAGUGCCACCUGAACGUUGAAGAAAAGCUCCACGUCUCUUUAAGAUUGUCCCUCCCCUCUCUCAUCCUCAGCUUUCAUCUGUGUUAAGCACAGCAGGUGCGUGGCAAGUGCUGAGAGACUCCAAACUCUGGUCCCCCUAGAAGUACCAGUGAGACGACUGGAAGGGCUUUCAUCCACUGGGCUUCUUAUCUCACAGCUGCCAGAGGAGGAAUGAACAUGCAACCACAGUCAUAUGGGACUUGUGUUAGAACUGAGUUCACAGUAAGGAGGUGUCAGCAUCUGCCCUUCGUGCUUGCCACGGGAGAGGAGAGCUUCCGUGAACACGGCCACGGGGCCCUGGUGACACAGGCCACGCCGGUCAAGCACCUGUAUGAAGAGCUGGUGUGCGUGGGUGAGUUACAGUUUUCAACAGAUGGGAACUCCCGCUGGUGAGUUGCAGUUUUCAGAACUAGCUCGUGAGUUACAGAACUAGCUGGUGAGUUACGGUUUUCAACAGAUAGGAACUCCCGCUCUCUUAAAAUGGUAGGGGACGGUCGGCACAAGUACCUCCCGGAGCCACAGCAGUCCCAGCUUGGUGUCAGAACAUGCAGCUUCUCCUUUGGUGACUUAAUCGGCACUGGUCCCGUUGUUAGCCUGGUGGUUCUCAGUGUCAUUCCCCUGCUGGGCAUUUGAAAAGUGCAGGAGUACUUUUGUGUGUGUGCAUGUGUGGGAGGGGUGUGGGUGGGAGGAGGGCAGCAGGAGUGCUGAACCAUCUUACAGGACAGUGCUCUACAACUAAGAAUUGUCUUGCUCAACAUGCCUGUUCCUCUUGGGAACUCUGCGAGUUAGUAUGUUUGAAAAAAUUACUUCUACGCUGAGAGAAAAGAGCAGACAGGCAAUUAUUUUGCCAGCUGGGAUUACUGCUAAAAAUCACUCUGCCAAAGACCAUACUGUCAGGGAAGAUGCUUUGAAAACUUAUCACCAUUAUUUUCGCUGGUGCAGUUUUACCUGAAACUGAGAACAUAAAUGCACAUCACAUCACGGAUCCAAUAUUCAGUUUCAAGCAGUGGUAGGUACGAGGAAUAGUGUGCAUGGAUUAUGCCUACCUUCCAUGACAUUAUCCUCCUAGCUCUGGGUUUGUUCCCUCAAUUUUGAACUUAUUCACUUCUAUGAAAUAGUGUCCACAAGAACUCCCAGGGAAGACUGAGAGGCAGUCCACUGCAGUGGGUGAGGGCAUGUACUCCGGAGCGAGACUGUGUGAGCUUAUAGCUGAACUCCAACAAAUAAGGGGCUAUGAUUUCGAGCAAGUUCUGUACAGAAAUCACUCUGCCGGCAUUCUCAGUUUUUAACUGGAAAAGUGUCUGUGUCAGAGGGCUGUUGUGGGAUUCAUAGUGCCUGACAUGUAGCCAAGUGCUUAAUAAAUAUUAGCUAUUAAUCUUGUUAUCAUUUUUUCCAGAAAAGAUUGGUCAAUUUAAAAGUGAAACUGACUCAAGGCCCAAGAAAUGUGCAGUUUCAUAAAUGCCUAAAGAAAUUGUAUUUAAAUGAUUUUCCAUUCAGUAUUCAGCCCUCUUAAAUUCAGUUCUUCAAAUGGCGUAAAGUUCUUCCAGCAGUAGUAUUGAUUUUCUUUUCAACCGUGAAGAUGGCAGUGACAGGAUUCUCUAACAGAUGAAAAAAUGGUAUUACACUUUCCAACCACUGAAAAGUCAAUUUUUGGGGUUUUGCUUAAGGCAAGUUGUAUAUGAUUUUUCCCAUUUCUGUCAUGAUGAUGCAACAUAAUAUGUGAUAACAUAUCUAGUGAUAGAAUAACCUAGGAUUUUGUAUAUCAUGUUUUAAAAAAUUAUGAUGGUGGGAACAUUAUGGUAAAUGAAAAAACCCAGGGUUUUAAGAAUAGACAGACAUGGUUUUGAAUCAUGGUUUUGCCGUUUAUUAGCUGUGAGCCUUUGGGCAUGCUAACAUUCAAGUUCUCAGAUCUUUAGUUUCCUUCUCUAUAGGAUGGGGGAAAGAGGUCUAUCUCUUCUAUAAUAUUGAGGUGAUGAUGAAGGGAGAAUGUCUAUGAAAUGCCUAACCUCAUAUCCAUAGCAUUUAAAUCAUUAACCGUUAUUUGUUUCAUAAGAGAAACUUGCUUUGGAAAUUCAGUUACUGUUGGCUUUAAAUAACACCUAUG